AGAGAGAGAGAGAGAGAGGAAAAGGGAAAGGAGUUGGGGUCCUGGGGAGAAAGCUGAGAAGGUGACGUCACCCACUUGAGAAGCAGGCCCUUCAUUCCAUCAGCCCACGCGCAAUUGAGAGGAAACACUUUCUUUUUAUACUCCUCACUCUCCCCAUUCUCUUCUUUCUUUCCUAACUCAAUCCCAAUUCUGCUCUUUCUCUCUCUCUCUCUCUCUCUCUCUCUCUCUCUCUCUCAGUUCAACCAGAAUUCCCAAAGCAUUGCAAGAGAAGAUUAGUGGAGGAGGAAAUUCAGAAGGUUUUGGCCGGACAUGGAUUCCAUAGAAUCGUGUGUUCCUCCUGGCUUUCGUUUCCAUCCAACGGAUGAGGAGCUGGUUGGCUACUAUCUCAAAAAGAAGGUGGCUUCUCAAAAGAUUGAUCUUGAUGUCAUCAGAGACGUUGAUCUUUACAGAAUUGAGCCAUGGGAUCUCCAAGUAGAACGUUGCCGUAUUGGUUAUGAGGAGCAGACGGAAUGGUAUUUCUUCAGUCACAAGGAUAAGAAGUAUCCGACUGGUACAAGAACUAACAGAGCAACAAUGGCGGGAUUUUGGAAGGCAACUGGGAGAGAUAAGGCUGUGCAUGAUAAGAAGAAGCUCAUAGGAAUGAGAAAAACGCUUGUGUACUAUAAGGGAAGGGCGCCAAAUGGGCAGAAGUCAGACUGGAUUAUGCAUGAAUACAGGCUUGAAACUGAAGAAAAUGCACAGCCUCAGGAAGAAGGCUGGGUGGUUUGCCGAGCAUUCAAGAAGCGCACCAACAGCCAAACAAGAAGCAGCUUAGACAAUUGGGAUUCAAACUACAAUAUCUUCCCCGAACAUAACAGCAGACUCAUCACAACCUUCAUGGAUCAAUAUCCCACUUUUUCUCCUCAUCUAAAUGCCAAAAGCCUCUACCUAAAGCAAGAAACUGAACUGGAAGGUGGGUUAACUAAACUCCUUCAAUACCCCAACCACUUUAUCCAACUUCCGCACCUCGAGAGCUCUUAUAAUUCCUUUCCGCUUAUAAAAACUUCGAGCAGCAGCUCUCUUUCCAUUAAUGCUCAUUCAGUACGUGAAAAUGAGGAGGAAAGAGAGGGAAAUUACGCAGUUGAGAGAGUCACAGAUUGGAGAGAACUGGAUAAGUUUGUGGCGUCACAGCUGAGUCAAGAGGAUGGUUUGGUGGGAGAUUUUAAGGCAGAAGAGAUGAAUGGUUCGGAAAUGGCUUUGCUUUUGCUUGAGAAUGGGAGAGAGGAAGAAGGGAAGAUGAAGGAGAAUUCUGUUGACGAUAUUGGAUUCUGCGUGUUUGAGUAGUAGGAUUAAUAAAGAAAGGAUCGGUGCUGCAUGCGCAAGAAGAAGCCGUUUUAUUUAUUCUUCUUAAUUUGGUUAUAUGUUUUCUUUUUGGGUGUUUGUGGUUAGUGUUGUAAUUGGGGGAUUCAGUGAGAAAGAAUUGGAUGAGCUCUUGUUGAUGGGCACUACUUGUGGAAUAUGAGCAAAGAAAUUUAUUGCUUUGAAGUGUGGAUGUUGCAUUUAGAGAAGAAAUUGUAAUUGUACUUUGUGUGAAGAAUGAACAUGAUUUCUUUUGGAGCAA